AUGCCAGUAGAUUACAGCAAAUGGGAUGCCCUCGAGCUCAGCGACGACUCCGACAUCGAAGUGCACCCCAACGUCGACAAACGCUCCUUCAUCCGCGCAAAGCAAGCCCAGAUCCACCAAGAGCGCGAGCGGCGGCGCCACCAAAUCAAGACGCUCAAGUACGAGCGCAUCAUCAACGAUGGGCUGAUGCUACGCAUCGACCGGCUGCUGACUGCGCUCAAAUCGCACAAGGCGGUCGCUGCCUCACAGAGUGCCGACGAGCUCGUCUUCCAGGCUCUCAUCGAAUCAGCGGGCGAUCCUGAAGACGACCAGCCGCCCCCGCCGCCCGAGGGUGUGCAUCAGCAUGUCGAUGAGAAACCGACGUAUUCGCGGAUGAUGGCUGCGCUAGUGGAUCAGGUCAAGAAGGCUGUGGAUGAGAAGAGAGAGGGGGAUCGGUACGAGGGGUAUAUCAGGGAGGUGGAGGUGCACAGGAAGAAGGUGGAGGGGCUGCAGAAGGAACUGCUGGCCAAGCUGGCCGAGCUGGAGAGAGAGGAGAAGAGGCAUAUCACCAGCGACGACAUACACGAGGGCUUCAACGUGUCGCAUGUCGACAAGGCGAAACCCCAAGCCACCACCCCAGCCGCGUCCAGCAAAAGCAAACCGGCCGAAACAGUCGAAGUCCUUAACCCCAGCGCCCUGAAGCGCGACACCCUAACCCGCACCGACACCGGCGAGUCCUCCGGCUUCGAGGCCGAUGUCGAAGAAGACGCCACCACCGCCGCCGACGACGACGAAGAGCACAUCGAGCCCACCGGCGAAGGCAAAGAAUUCGGCAAGCUCCCCAUCGGCGACUACCGCGCCUGCCUGCAGUUCAUCUCCACGCACCCCUCCGUGCUCGCCGAGCGCAACACCGACGGCCUGCUCAUCCAAGCCUUCAACGCGCAGCUCGAGGGCAGGGACAACAUGGCGCGACAGUGCGUGCACCAGGCGCUGCUGCUGCAGUAUUGUCGGCAGCUGGGGCGUGACGGCGUGGCGAUGUUCUUCAAGCGCAUCAUGACCAAGGAGCACCAGGCGCAGAAGCUGUUUCUGGACGACGUGCAGAGCACGUAUGCGAAGAUUCGGACGCGCGCGGCGGAGAUCAAGCGCGAGAGGGAGGAGAAUCCCGUCACUCAGGACGUCGAGCAGAUCCAGCUGCAUGCUGUGGACCCGAAUACCUCGAUCAAUAUUGUGGUGCCGCCGGCUGGGGCGGAGGGUGAGGCUGUGAGGGAGGCGAGGAAGAUAUUUGAGGCGUUUCCGCCGGGGCUGCAGAGGGCGUUGGAGACGGGGAAGCUGGAUGAGGUCAACAAGGUCUUGGGUAAGAUGAGCGUUGAGGAGGCGGAGGAGGUCGUUGAGCAGUUGGGUAUGGGCGGUAUGCUGAGCAUUGAGGAGGGCGUUAUUGACGCGACAACUGAGGAGGGUAAGGCGAAGGUCAAGGAGAUUGAACAGACGGGCAAGUAUCCGGGGAUGGUGAGAGAGGAGGACCUGGCUGGAGACCCCGAGUAG